AUGAUUGCGCAGAAUUGGGAAUCCAAGGCGAAAAUUGCAAGAGAUAUUCUUGAAAAGUCAAUCAAAAAAGAAUGGUUGCUACCACAGGAAAAGCUACCGUCAAAAGACAGAUUGAACGUUUUAUCAGUUGCGAAAGAAUCUGGCAUACUGAGUGAUGCUGAAUUGCUCAUAACAGAGACAGAUGCUACCGGACUGGUUGAGAAGAUGGGUGUUGGUGAGUGGACAGCAGAGCAAGUUCUCAUUGCCUUUACCAAAAGAGCGACCAUAGGGCAUCAGCUUCUCAAUUUUGCGACCGAGUUCAUGUUCGACGAGGCGCUGGAAGAAGCCAAAAGGUUAGACGCCAUUUACCAGAAGACUGGCAAAGUCGUGGGCCCGCUCCAUGGAGUCCCGAUUUCCGUCAAAGAAAUGGUUCACUUCAAAGAUCGAAUUUGUCAUACAGCAUAUGUUUCGUGGAUUGAUCGUGUCGAGAAAGAAGAUGCUCUGAUGAUCCGUAAUCUGAAAGCAGCCGGAGCGCUUUUCCACGUCAGAACGAACGAGCCACAGACAGUUAUGCAUUUGGAUUGUAACAACAACAUAUAUGGCCGAAGCCUGAAUCCGCACAACCUUAAUCUAACACCAGGAGGGUCAUCGGGCGGAGAAGGGGCAUCUCUUGGUUUCAAGUGUGCCGCGAUUGGCAUUGGCAGCGAUAUUGGCGGAUCAAUUCGAGCCCCAGCUGCUUUCUGUGGUGUAUACGGCCUCCGACCAACAAUGCUCCGGAAUCCAUGGAAGGGCGUAUCGCUUGCAGGCGACGGUCAGGAGUCUAUUCGAUGCACUCUUGGGCCUCUAACGAACUCUUUGAGGGAUAUCGACCUAUUUCAGAAAGCGGUUCUCGACCAGGAGCCAUGGGAGGAAGAAACGAACUUGGUACCGAUACCGUGGAGGGAAGUGAAAACUCCCAAGGACUUGACUGUUGGUAUAAUGUGGAAUGAUGGAGUGGUACAGACACAUCCGCCUAUCAAAAGAGCAUUAAACCAUGCUGAACAAAGGCUGAAGUCGGCUGGGGUCAAAACCGUAGAUUGGCAACCAUUCAAACACGAGCAAGGUGGCGAGGUGACGAAAUCCCUUUUGUUUCCUGACGGCGGUACUUGUAUUCGAGAAGCUCUUGAAGCCUCAGGGGAGCCCGCCAUGCCACUGAGCGAGUUUGCUCUCAACUAUGCCAAGCAUCUGGACAUCCGCGAGAAUUGGGAAUUGAAUGUCAAGCGAGACUGGUUUCGAGACAUGUCUCACAAACUCAUGAAAGAAAGAGGAGUUGACGUGAUUUUAUGCCCAACCUAUGUGGGCGCUGCUGCCGAGCACGAGACCGCGCAUUAUUGGCUUUACACCAGUAUUUGGAAUCUUUUUGAUCAGCCAGGUGUUGUUUUUCCGUGUGGCUUCAAUGUCGACCCAGCGCUCGACCCAGCCGACGACAAAUUCCAGCCUCUGAACGACAUCGACGCGACAGAGCAGAAGAAAUACGCGCCGGAGAGGUAUACUGACGCGCCGCUGGCUUAUCAAUUGAUUGGAAAACAUUUCAGAGAUGAAGAGCUCGUUGCAAAUGCAAAGUACCUAGAAUCAAUUAUCAGUGCUUGA